AUGUUUUACGCACAACGCUUGACUACUACUGCAACACGGUCCCGCGCGGUCCAGAGUGCCUUGGUGCGAAGGAUAUCUUCAGAGCCAGGAGGGCCAAAGCCAGCCGAAUCGAGCACCGCGCCAAAACUGCCGGGGUGGCAAAUAGCCGCCGUCGCCGGUGUCGCAGUCGCCGGCGUGUAUGCCAUGUUUAUCGCGCGGCCAGACGCAGUUGCCAAGUCCUCAGUGCCUACCAAUCAAACCAAGAACCCGUCACAGUCUCGAGACGAGACAAGGAAAUAA